UCUCUCUCUCUCUGGAAAUCAAAGUUGUAUUGAAGGAGAUUACUUUUCUCGGCCAAUGGAGAAUGAAUCAGAUGACGUUGAAUCAGGGGAGCAGAUUUCAGAAUCGUUCAUCUGUUGCGUUUGCCUGGAUCUUCUUUAUAAGCCCAUUGUAUUGGGUUGUGGCCAUGUCUCCUGUUUCUGGUGUGUCCAUAGAACCAUGGAUGGUCUACAUGAAUCUCAUUGUCCAAUUUGUAGGCAUCCAUAUGGUCAUUUUCCAACUAUUUGUCAGAUGCUUCAUUUCUUGCUUUUGAAGUUGUAUCCAGUUGCCUACAAGACGAGGGAAAUUCACAUCCUAGAAGAGGAAAAGAAGACGGGCUGCUUCUCACCUAAGGUUGAGGAUCUUCUUUGUGCUUCACAUACUAAAGAAGAAUUCAAUCAUCUUGAUGAUCAGGAUCCAGUUGCCUACAAGACAAGGGAAACUCACAUCCUAGAAGAGGAAAAGAAGACGGGCUGCGUCUCACCUAAGGUUGAUGAUCUUCUUUGUGCUUCACAUACUAAGGAAGAAUUGAAUCAUCUUGAUGAUCAGGAUCCAGUUGCCUACAAGACAAGGGAAACUCACAUCCUAGAAGAGGAAAAGAAGACGGGCUGCGUCUCACCCAAGGUUGAUGAUCUUCUUUGUGCUUCUCAUACUAAAGAAGAAUUGAAUCAUCUUGAUGAUCAGGAUCCAGUUGCCUACAAGACAAGGGAAACUCACAUCCUAGAAGAGGAAAAGAAGACGGGCUGCUUCUCACCUAAGGUUGAUGAUCUUCUUUGUGCUUCGCAUACUAAAGAAGAAUUGAAUCAUCUUGAUGAUCAGGAUAACAGCACAAGCAUGCCAAAACAAAUCACUGCUGAAAGCUUCAAAUCCACAUGUACAUUUGGUGUCAAAGAAAAUUAUUCGCCACAAGGAAGCUGCAACAAAAUUUCUGGGCAGGUUUCAAUUGUUGAUGUAUCUUGUGCUACAUGCAAGCAACUACUCUUUCGGCCUACUGUUCUUAAUUGUGGCCAUGUAUAUUGUGAAGCUUGCAUCGAACUAGCUGGUGAGGCAAUUAGAUGUCAUAUUUGCCAAAGCCUGCAUCCGGGUGGUUUUCCAAAGGUUUGUUUGGAAUUUGACCAUUUUCUGGAGGAGCAGUUUCCAGAGGAAUAUACUGCGAGGAGGGGCACAGUGCAGCGCAAACUAGUCCAGUUUCAGCAUGAGAGCUCACCGACUUGUUCAACAGAAGAGCGUGGUUUUUUCCAUUGGUUGGGUGAACAUGGUCCGGAUGUUCAUGUUGGAGCCGGUUGUGAUUCUUGUGGGAUGUGCCCAAUCAAGGGGGAUAGAUACAAAUGCAUAGAUUGCAAGGAAGCAAUGGGGUUUGACCUUUGUGGUGAUUGUUAUAAUUCUCACUCAAAGCUUCCAGGUCGGUUUAAUCAGCAGCAUACCCCAGACCACAAGUUUGAGAAAGAAAAGUCGCGCAGUUUACGGAACAUAAUGUUGCAAUUGCUGAGAGGAGACUCGGUUAAUGGACUUCUUCUGCCUUCACUCUCUGGUGAUGCUUUGGAAAAUCCAGAAAAUGAGCUUCCUUUGGUGGCUCCGUUGACAGCCAGUGAUUUGGAAGAGCCUCAGAAUGAUGACACCCAACCCACCAGUUGAAACUUGGAGUUGCCUUCGACAAAAUUGGAGGGGAAGCAGUCGAUGAAUUACCAAGUUGUGCAAAAAUUGAUUGGAAGGAAGUGAGGAACACUUUAAGGCUCAUCAAGUCUUUUGCGCAGGGACAGUAAUGGGCUUUUGCUCCAACGUAAAUCUGCCUAUAAAUUGGAAUACUAGAAAGUGGUGCCGUUGGAUGGUGAUAUUGAGCUAGAGGCAUUUGUGACUUGUGAGUUAUGGGUCUGCGGGAUUAUAUAUAUCUUGUGUGUGUCAAUGAACGUGCCAGGUAUCCAUGGUAUCUUCUGCGACCCUUUUCUUUUCACUCGGUAAGCAUUUCUAUUAUCAGCUUAAUGCCGCUUUUGUUCCAAAUUAUUGGCUUUGCUUGAAUAAUGCAAAAUUUAUCAAAUAAUAUUAUAUAAAACAUUCCGCUGUGGUUGGAAUGCAGUA